CCAAAGAAGCAAGCGAGGAGACGGGAACCUCUUCCCAACACCGGGUGCCAGGCCCUUUCGGUGACGCGAUUGUCGCGCGACGACGCGCGGAUGAGCUGCGGCUUCCACGUCUCAGGUUCCGCAAAGGCCUGUGGGAGCGACUCGGGAGCAGGAGGGCCAAGAUGGCGGAGGCGGCCGAGUCUCCUGGAGACCCGCGUACCACAUCGCCCAGGCCCCUGUUCGCAGGCCUUUCAGAAAUAUCUAUCUCACAAGACAUCCCUGUGGAAGGAGAAAUCACCAUUCCUAUGAGAUCUCGCAUUCGGGAAUUUGACAGCUCCACACUAAAUGAAUCGGUUCAGAAUACCAUUAUGCGUGAUCUAAAAGCUGUUGGGAAAAAAUUCAUGCAUGUUUUAUACCCAAGGAAAAGUAAUACUCUCUUGAGAGAUUGGGAUUUAUGGGGCCCUUUGGUCCUUUGUGUGACACUCGCACUAAUGCUUCAAAGAGGCUCUGCAGAUAAUGAAAAUGAUGGAGGGCCCCAGUUUGCAGAAGUGUUUGUCAUUAUCUGGUUUGGUGCAGUUACCAUCACCCUCAACUCAAAACUUCUUGGAGGAAAUAUAUCUUUUUUUCAGAGCCUCUGUGUGCUGGGCUAUUGUAUACUUCCCUUGACAGUGGCAUUGCUGGUUUGUCGGCUGGUACUUUUGGCCAAGCCAGGACCAAUAAACUUCAUAGUCCGGCUUUUUGUGGUGAUCGUGAUGUUUGCCUGGUCUAUAGUAGCCUCUACAGCUUUUCUUGCUGACAGCCAGCCUCCAAAUCGCAAAGCCCUUGCCAUUUAUCCUGUUUUCUUAUUCUAUUUUGUUAUCAGUUGGAUGAUUCUCACCUUUGCUCCUUAGUAAAUCAGGAAAUGGAAAUUAAAAACCACUGAAUUGAAAGCUCAUCUGAACAAUGUAAUUCCCCAUGGAACUUUGCCUCUGUCUUUAUUUUGUCUAAUUUUGGAGGUAUUUUGUAACUGGCUAUGUGAAGCACUGUCACCACUUAUGUAAGGAACUGAUGUUUGAAAGGCUGUUCUUUUUAUCUACUCUUCUCUAUUUCUUUAAAAUACAUGUGCAUAGUAAUAGUAUAAUGUUUUCUAAAGGCAUGAUAGUGGACACUGUGAUCCAUUUGGGUGACUACAAUGACUUGGAAAGCACAUGGAUACCUCCCACAAGUUGAACAGAUUUGGUAACUUAUUUUCAAUUUUGAGAAUACUAGUUUAGGUGUAGCUCUUAAACACAUUGUCUUAAGACUAUUAGAAUAGGCCUCUCUUAUUAGAAUAAGUAAGUCUAUGUCCAUUUUCUUUUAUUUCUCUCUUACGUUUAAAAAGACAAUGACAGAUGAUGGCAGAUGGGGUUCAUAUAUGUGGGAGAAGAAAACAUGCAUUAACCUGUAUUCAGAUUUUGAUCAUAGAAAAUUCUGCACCUGUUGCUUUAAAUAAAAGCAAAAGACACUUAAAGAAUUAGCUUAUUUCAAUCUUUCUGUAUCAUCACCUUACUGCCCUGCUUAACAGCAGCUCAGUGACAAUAUAGUUUUAAUGUCUUUAAAAAAAUAUGUUCUUAUUAAUUUCAGAGAGUAAGGGAGAGGGAGAGAGAAA